AUGAACAGAAGACUGUCAAGGUUGUGUGUUUGCUUUGUUUUGCUGCUCGUUGUUUGGACCGUGUAUGAGGCUGUUCACACAUUCUUGCAGAUUCCGGCAUUUGAAGAUGGCCCAAAUGACCCCGAUUACUUGAAACAAUUUGAUGAGCCCCCGGAAGUCCUUCAAAACCAAAUAGUUUAUGUUAUUACUCCAACUUAUUCGCGACUAACGCAGAAAGCUGACCUUGUAAGUUUGCGGUCAACUCUGUCAAAUCUGGACUUCAUUCACUGGAUAAUUGUUGAGGAUUCAGCAGAAAAAACCCCGUAAGUUGGUCUGGUAUGUGAGAUUGAUUUUUUAAAAUUGCUUUUCGAUAGUUUUGCGUUUCUAAUUUAUAUAUAUAUAUAUAUAUAUAGAACAUUCUAAAUAUCGUACGAUAUUUAAACCCCGGACUAACGCAAAACACUUAGAAAAUGAGCAUUUUAGCUGCUUUGUUGGAAUAUGUAAAUAAAUGAUUGGUUUACUUAUGCUGCCCGCCAGACGUGGGCUGAUAUUUGCCAUACCGUUGUGGGGUUAUAAAAACACAGAUUAAUUCCUGUUUCGUUUCAAAUGAACAUGUUUAUUUGCAAGUAUAAGCAUGAUGGUCUGAAACUCGUCUCAGACUUGCACUUAAAUUGCCUUGGGACGGUUCAGUCGAAAUCUAUUAAUUAAGGGCAAGACAGUUGUAAUAAUUAUCCCAAACAAUGUGGAUUAAUCCACAUAGCUUGGCAAACUUAUAUUCACUAAACGCUCUUCUGACAUAAUUGUAUUGUUGAGUAGAUAUAUGUUCCAUCUUUUAACUUUGCAUACUCGUAUCAGGUUAACCGAUAUUUGGAGAUUGGUUCUUUUUUAUUUUUAUUAUCAUUUACACAACAUAAACAAACCUUUGUACCGGCGAGCUCGAUGGCAACCUAGGUUACUAAUCCUGCAAGUUGCCUCGAGAAUUUCGUUCUGCCUAUAUUUUAGCAGCAAAUCUUGCCGAAUGUGGUUGUCAGUCACAUUUGCUUACUCUUGCUAAUACCUUCAUCUUAUUAUAAGUUCUCCCUCGGUGUCCUAAUAACACUUAAGAAACUAAAUAAUUGUUUGCGUUUUAUUCUAAAAUUAUCGUCGAAAUGUCUAGGUAAAAGUCACAUGAGAUUUAUUUCCCCAAUCCAUAAUGAUAAUUUGACUAUUUGGAUUCACUCUAUUUGGCGUCCUCACAGUAAACGCACCUACUCAAAUGCAAUUAAUAAUCAAGACCUAAUGCAUGAAAUGCAAGGCAGAUUUUAAUAGUCACACCUGGCCUACUGGCACUCAUUUGCCAGGGAAAAAUCAGUAUCGGGUCUGAAAAAGCGAAACUUUUGAUCAUAGCUCGAUCGGCCAUUAUGUAAAUGAUCUGUUAAAAAAAUAACUUUAUCACUGAACCGAGGAUUCGAGCUCCACCGAUUGUCAUUAUAAAUCUGUUAUUCAUGUGCCUGUGGCAUUCCUAAUUUUCUUCUGAUUAAAAACAGUACACUGGCACCCUUCAUGUCUUUCAUUCUUCAAGUCGAAAGCAGUGGCAGGCGGUUACGUACUGAUAGGCAAUCACUAAUCAGGAUGUGUUAGGUACAUAGUUAUAUUUAGACAGCAAGUCCAGUUUUGCAUGACUUACCGGAUAACCUUACUGGUAGCAGUUUUUACGGCACCGCUAAUCCUGCGCCUAAUUACAAUUCUAAUUAUAUUUUUUAAAUUCUUACCAGAAGUACCUGAUUAUACGCUCAGGAUAAAUCAGUGAAGUUUUACCUUAAAAUUUACCUGUAUUGUCAUAGGUCCGUGCAACUUUAAUGUAUGCUCUAUAAAGAAUAAAUGGAUCAUACAAAGCAUUGUUAAGUAACUACGUGAGUUGGUUAAGAUGCCAUGCCUAUGCAAUGAAUUCAUUUUCCUCUAUUAGCAUGAAAGUGGCAAAGCUUCCUUUUCACCGUUGUUGUGAGUACAGGAGAAUGGACUCAAAAGGCAUCACCAGUGCCACUCGAUGCAUUCAAACAUAAGAUAUAUUCCAGAUAUUCAAUGAAAUACCAAGCCAGCAUGUGUUUGAAAUAAUUUAACGAUACUUGAAGCAACUACUUUCUCGGGACAUCAUGUUCUCUGAACCGACUGAUAGCUUUAAGAGGAACUUUAGAGUGGCCAAGGACGACUGUUUGCGCCGACAAUUUAUAAGCCUUUUUGGUUUUUGUACAUGUCCAAACCCUUUAAUGACAGAAUUUGAGAAAAUGUUUGCUAAAUAAGCUAGUUUACUUACAUAAUAACGCACGUCAGGUAACCUUGUGGCAUCUGCAAGCUAUAUUUAAUUUUAUGUCUUCAGGAUCCUUUUUAGUCUACAUUUCAGAAACCUGGCGUUUUAUUUGAUCUGUUUUCUUUGAAAUAGGUUACAUACGAGACAAAUACGAAUGAUCAAUAUAACAAUAGGCACAAAUUUGCAGUCACGAUUUUGGGGGAUUAAUUUUAUUCCUUUUGGCAAAACGCCACGAAAGACAUGUGUUGCAGGUCAGAAGUUUUCUUAGCUCUUAUUUCUACGUUCCUUUAACCUUCCGUUAAGUGAAUUCCUUUUCUAUGUAAAUAACGCACGUGCGACGAUAAUUCGAAUAUUAAGCCCAAAUUCCCAUUACAACGUGGCCGUUCUUGUUUGUUGUCAUGCUAUGUUUUUGUAUGUGAAUAAGUGGUUUUUUGUACUCUUUUAUAUUUAGACUUGUAACGCGGUUUCUUGAAGAAACCAGUGUGCCGUACACGCAUUUAGCGGUUCCUUCCCCAAGGUUUAUUACUGCCAUCAUUAGGGGCAGCAACCAGCGCAACAUGGGUCUAGACUGGUUAAGAAAAAAUAAAAAACCUGGUAGGGAUUCUGGCGUUGUCUACUUCGCUGACGAUGACAACACGUACGAUCCAAGAAUUUUUAAAGAGGUACGUCAAAGUUUGAAUCCGUUUAAUUCGUGAAGAAAGCGUUACGUAGGUGUUUGACUUUUCUUGAUGACUCAUUCAAGUCUUACUCCGAAGCUUUGCAUGAGUUUGUGAUAAAUGACAUUAAUAUGAAUCUACUUUAGUUAGGUAAGGCGAAACCGUCGACUUAUUUUCUGAGUAAACGUUCUUUUAGAGAGUGUACACAUGUCAAAUGAAUCAUUAAGAACACGGUUAAGUGUCUGUACUGGUACAUUCAGGCGAGCUUACGCGACAGAUUGUGCCAUUUAUAAUGCUGCGUAUAUCAAAAUGCAUAUGCACCUCCUUGUUUUAUCGUUUCGUCUUUUUUGAGAAAUGUAAGAGCACCAGCCUGUAUGCCCGUUCCCUUUGUCUAGUUCGUUAUAGAAGACUAUUGUCCCACCUACAGUUUUAGAUUUUUCACGUGCUAUUUUUAAUUCAAUCCGAUUUUGUUGACGCGAAUCAAGGGACAACACCAUUAGAUCAGACGAGUUAAUGAUCCCUGACGCAUGAGGUUUACGCUCCAGACCUACAUAUCUGCGUAUGGACCCUUGGACAUAUUUCGUUUACCUACGGAAUCCACUAUGCGAUUGUUUUGGCAAUUGCGUUAGCACUUGAUCUCACCACUCAUCAUUAAUACUUAAGCUCAUUCUUACGUAUUCCUAAGCCUAGUUGCACUUGGACUGGCGAUCAAAAUUUGCUUCAAUCUAUGUGCUUGAACGAUGGCAGGAAGCUUUUCAUUGAUGACACAGCCGCAAAUAAGAUUGGCUGAGGCCUGUCGUCAUAGCGUCAAAUGUUGACCAACAGGGAGGCUUAAAGUUUUAAAGGACGUCUGCAGUACCAAACAUUCUACCAACCAUACUUAAUGGACUGAGUGUCAGUGUCAGCGCAGACGGAGCUUUUAUCAGCGAAUCCCUUAACAGUCAAGUAGACAUAAAGCCAAAAGGCCGACUUUGCUUGCCAGCUGCCUGGUUAUCGAGACUUUGUUUUGUAGUGUUUCUGAGCGAGAAGUUAUGAAAAUUGAUUUAUCUGAGAGUUCAGUUCGCAGAAGUAUGUUUGGUUUCUCGUCAAAUGUCGGCAUUAUUUUUUACCAUUUUUUGGAAUGUAGUGGUUUAAUUAUAUCCAAUUAUUUACUAAUGGGGAAGUGGUCACCACAUUUUUACGCCGAUAAUAACUUGAAGAAUAAACUGCAGGAUAGGAUAUUUUCUAAACCACGUGUGAGUAUUUAAAAAGUUGGCAUUUCACACUAUCAUUUCGAAAUCUUACGAGAUGGAAUUCUGCCUGUGCUAUGGAGUAUGAGAAACUUAGUAUCACUAAUCAAACUAACCCGUACAGGCAUAUGAACACCUCUCUGCUCUUUUACACAUAGAGGUCGUAUACACGCCAACAAACGCCAAGUUAUUUCUCAGCUCCAUGAAGGCCUCAAAUUGAAGUACCCGCAUCUGCUUCUUCACAUGCGUCUGCAAUGAAGUUUGCACUUUCCCAUAAAGAGGAGAAGCAAAUCCACCUCUAGAUGAAUCAGAGUGACCAGGGUGCAAAGCCGGCAUUUUUGGCUGGCAUCGUUUCUUGACUGUAUGUGCUCAGCGCCAGACCGUACGACAACAACGACAGUUUGACCGUCGUCUCCGAUGAUGUUCACUGUGUGCGUCACAGCAAAGUAGGCCUAGAGACGGCACCUUGCCCACAGAUUAGUCCAUAAUGAUAAAAAUUUAGGCCUGCAUCUACCGCAACCACUCCUCCCUCACCCACCUCAGCCUUGGAAUAUAAAAUCGGAGGUGGGAUCGAAUGCACUGGCUGACAAAUUCAAGCAGCCCUCCUGCGCGUGCCGCACACGCCUGAAGGAUCAGAGUUUCGCCAAAGGACAGCCCGGAUUCCGACUGAGUGGGGGUGCCGUGGAUGUCGCGGCAAUAAGAAGCGGGAGGAUCGAGUUGUCCCGGCAGCUAGCAGCUUUCCAAGCCAGGACUUUUAGUUCGCCGUGCCAGUUUAAAAGUGGGCUAACUUGUUUAUAAUAAUGAAUAUGCGCUAAGUGAAUUACCCAGGGCCGAGCUCAUUCCUUCCUCCCUCUUCCGGUCACUAUUCCACUGUCUGAACUGGUCGGUCAUCAUGUGUGUGGCUAACAAAGAUAUGCAGUGGCUAACAAAGAUAGACAGCCCGUCUGCGCCCACCACACACUGCAACAGAAUUUUACGCAAAGGGGUGGGCGAGUCAGAUCUCACAUGCGUGAGAGUGCUAUAAAGGUAUGGUCAGGGAGGAGCCAUGGAGUCUGUCUCUGAUAGUAAAGAUAUCAUCAUAAAUACGAACACAUUGAUCGUAAUCAACAACGCCCAGAUUUGGCUUUAAAAGGCAAUGUAGCGUAAGUGGUGGAACGCUCCGGAAAAGGCGAAGGAAUAUGUGUCUUUACAGGCAAUUCCGACCUGUCGGAGUGGACAGUGGAUGGCCAGAAAGAAUUGACCGGCAUUUUCACUGAUUGCACCUUGAACUUUAGGCACAGACCAACGCCACUAGGCGUCGAUAGUAGCACUAUACAGUCUUUCACAGCACUUCAUAAUGUAUGGCUAUGAACACGAAUUUCAACUAGAACAAAUAUCUAAAGUCCUAAGAAAAUUUAUUCCUGAACUAUCCACGUAGGGACAGUUUGGACGUCAGAAAUCAGUCCUAGCAUAACUGUGGAAGCCGACAGAGCUGGUCACGCUUCUCUCGAUGCUGUCCUUAUUUUGUUACGGAGUCGUCUGUUUACAUACGUAUACUUUUUUGUUUUUUAAACGCCUAAUCAGCACAUUUUGAGGCAGCUUUAGCCUUUACUUCGACUUAGCCACUACUGGGAGUCGAUUUUUUUGCUAAGGAAGAUAUUUUUCACAUAUUUAGGGCCGGAUGUUUCGAGGGAUAAUUUAUAUUAAGGCAAUGCAACACAAAAUCUUUGAAGACCUCCGUUUCCUGAUACUAUAUGCCAUAUGCAGGCUUCUCCUCCAGUCUUUGCGCACUUUAUUACCGAAGACGCAAAGGAUACUAACCGAAUCAAAUCACUACCAGAAAAUUGCAGUCAAAACAUUUGUAGUGUUUAUCUUGAGACGCAAUAAGUGGCUACACUUAAAUGUUAAGGCCGAAAAAAGCAUUUCGGAAGUAACCAAGCCUUCAAAUUUAAUUAAAACAGAUGUUUGCAAGUAAUUUUCUUUUUACAUAGUCUUUUUAGCGUUUUACUUCUCAGAUACUAAAGAUCGAUUUUGCCCACUGGAUGGUAAUAUGCAAGACAGCCAUUUCGAAGAUCAGCUCAUCUUAUCGGUUGAUUUUGCUUUUGAAAAACUGCGGGGAAUGAGAUUAGAAAGCGACCUACCACAAAAAAUCAUAUCAAUAACUCAUUCUACAUAAACCGAAGACUUUAUUUCCAUUAGGAUACUUUUUGAGUCGUUCCCGCUCACUUUCCCUCAUGUUUGUCUACUGUCUUUGUCCUGUGCCAUAUAAUGCCGCUAGACAGAACAUAAGCAGGGGUUUUAAAUUUAGUCGACAAAUGUGCGCGAAAAGACCCAUUAUGAACAUAUUUCUUACCAAUUCUACCAAGCAUGAAUUGUUUUGCAGGAUUUUAGGAAUACACUAAGACUUAGGUUCGAUUGUAAAUUGAGUGUCACUUAUGCCACUCACUGAUCUCAGCUGUCGAACACUUUCCGGCGAGUGCUCUGCAUUAGACUUUGAAGGAGAGGUGUAGAUUAAUGCUCAUAAGAUAACCCAUCGCAAAAUAUUUGAUAGCGCAAUUACGGAAAUCUCAGUUUCCUUCUUAACGGAGUUAGCCUUUAGAUCUGCCCGGCUCCUCCCCCCAUUGAUGUGGACAUUGCCUGUGAAAGUUAAUCGACAUUCUGUUUCUGCCCUUCAGAUGCGGACGACUAAGCGCGGGUCAACAUGGCCAGUAGGGCUAGUUGGUGGAAUUUCAUGGGAAGGCUGUGUAACAAGCAGCGAUGACCGAAGCAAAAUUGUGGAAUUCUGGGCCCUCUUCAGACGUACUCGCGCAUUUCCUCUCGAUAUGGCGGCCUUCGCCAUAAACUUGAAGCUCCUGUUUCUGUACCCUGAUGCGAAGUUCUCUUACUCCAGUGCGGGUGAGCAGGAGGGCCUUAUACUGGCUCAGCUGGGAUUUAAAAGUGCCUUUGAUUUGGAACCGAAGGCAAGCGGAUGCACAAAGGCGAGUCUAAACAAUAUACAGUCCUUUCACUACGAUUGCUGA